CAAAUUAAGUAUCCGAAUAACUAGAAUCGGUUAUUGAUUUGUUCCUAAUUAACCAAUUUGUUAUUAUCGAUGAUCUUUAAUUGUAUUUGCAAAUAGUUAAUUAUAGAUUUUUAAUUUAAAAUGUUCAUUUAGAACAUAGGUAUUGCUCCACGAUUGUUAGACGAGUUUUUUAAAAAGGUUGAAAGUUUAUCAUCAAACGAGUCUGCGUCAGUUAAAAUUAGUUGUGUUGAAGUUAAAGAAAACUGUAUUAUCGAUUUAUUGAAGUAUUCUAAAGUAACUAAUAAACCAAAGUCAAAAUAUGUAAUACAUAAUUAUAAAGAAGGUUUAACGAAAAUAUUUGAAGCAGAAUCACGCAAACAAGUAGACAAAACAGUAAAUUACUUUGGAGCCAAUAUAAAUGAUUUUAUAUUUACAAUAUAUAUUACUAUCUUAGACGUUUCAAGUCAAAAGAAAAAAAAGUCGAAAAUACAUGUAAUUGAUAUGGCUGGCAUUCAGUGGUCAAAUUCAUUAAUAUAUACUAAUAAAAGUACCACAGCGAAUAGAAUUAAACUCAGUCUUAACACACUGUUUUUGAGGUUAGCAGAAGCUAAACAGUCAGAUAAUAUUGAAAAUGUAUUAAGGGCUAGCAAACAUUUAUCGCCAGUGUUAAAUUUCUGUAAAAACUCAAUCUCCUUAAACAGCAAUUUCAGGUUAGUUUGUCACAUAAGACCUGAACAUUCUAACUUAGAGAUAUCUUUAUCUACGUUAAGUUUAGCUACCUCAUUGGAAAUGAUGCCAUCACUGAGUGUUCGAAGCUAUUUUCCAUCAAAUGAUAUAGAUUUAAUAAAAACUAAUUUGUAUAAACUAAAUAAUGAUUCAAUAAACUUAAAAUUAGUUGACGACCUAGUGAAGGUAGAAAAUAUUCAAAAGUAUAAGAAAAUUAAAGCUACUAUUAAAAUGUACAACAACCAAACUUUAAAACAUGAUUCAUUGCCGGAUAUUUUACCACCCAUAGCUUUUUCAAUGUUUAGAGAAGAACUACGAUUAUUAAUGAAAGGUGACGAAAUUAAGUUUAAUGAAGAGUUUAAAAAAGGAGCAAAGGAACAAAUAAAGGAUAACGUGUUUGGUGACGUUGAUGUAGAAAAAAACUAUGAAACAUGGAUAUUGGAUACAAAAGAAAUUUUUAACAGAGUAGAAAAACUAAAUGCGAUGGUCGAUGAAAUAAUGCUUGUAGAUAUUAUACCUAUUAGUACAAAUCAACAAUGGCUGAAGUUUCUUAAAGAAAAUGAUGGAUUGUUUGAGGACGCCAAAUAUAAGAAAACCAAACUAGAAAAAGCUCGAUAUUCACUCGAAAUCAAUUUUAAAAAAUACAUGGAGAGACUACUAGACAUAAAACAUAUGCGUCUAAAAAUAAACAAAAAAGAAUUAGCAACUGAUACACUUUCACUUGAUUUUGAAUGGACUUUAAAACAAAAUAUUAUGAAUCUUUUACACGAGCAAAGAGAACUGCAUAUGUUCAUUGGUAAUGUAAUUGAUGAAAUAAAUACACAAAUAUUAAAAAUGUUAAAUUUUAAGGACAAUAUUGAUAUGAAGUUUAGAAUACAGAAACAUCAAAAACAGAAUGUAACAAACAUCGAAUAAAUUUUAUUCAACUUAAAAAAAAAUUCAUUAAAAAAAUAUUUUGUUUUAAAA